AUUUUCCAUAUUAAUUUGAGUGAGAAAAAAAAAAGAAAAAAGACACCACCGCGUAACUGCACCGCAACUCUACAAUCCAACCAUCUUUUUCUUUCACAACAAUAAUUUCCUCUUAUUCCCCCUUAUCUCUCUCUAAAACACACACACACACACAGUUGUGUAGCUCUUUGCAGAAUUUAAAGUAAAACUCGCAAGUCGCAACUAAAUUUUUGUACGUCCCUUUGUAUGAUCGAUUCAGGAGUUCGACCCGGCCCAUAAUAUGGGCUUUGUGAUUGUGAUAUCGUUACCUUUGAUACUACUGACUUUGAUCAUCGCUAUCGGGUGCUACCUUUUUGGAAGAAAUCGCGCUCGUAAAGAGGCAACGACUCCUCAAUAUUAUGGAGCACCCGCACCACCCUAUGGAGUUCAACUUCCCGACCAUAAAUAAUUAAUGAUCGAUAUGAUGUCUAUAAUAUACUAUAUUCGUAAAUUUUUCUUACUGUUUCAAUCUUAACAGUGUAAGUAUAUUUUACAGUUUGAUUAUAGUUUACUCUUGACGUCUAUAUAUAUAUUUCAAAAUUUUUGCAUUUA